AUGAGGCCUAUCUUAUUACAAGGGCACACUCGUUCGCUCACGCAAAUUAAAUACAACCGCGAAGGCGAUCUUCUCUUUUCAGCAGCAAAAGAUCAUGUUGUCAACGUAUGGUUUUCGCAUAACGGUGAACGAUUGGGAACUUAUAACGGUCAUGUCGGGGCUGUUUGGACAGUUGAUGUGAACUCCGCAAGUAAACUACUAUUGUCAGGCUCGGCAGACAACACAGCAAAACUCUGGGAUGUGCGAACAGGCAAAUGUUUGCAUACCUGGGAGUUUCACACUGCUGUGAAAAGAGUCGCGUUCUCUGAGGAUGAUACAAUGGCGUUGGCCGUUACUGAACAGCAAAUGGGAUACCAGGGAGCCGUGGCUAUUUUGAAAAUAGACUCUGUGCUUGAGGCAGGGGAGCAGGAUGAGCCUUUUGUAAUUAGUCCUGAACCGACGAAGGCUAUGGUUGCUGCUUGGGGAUAUCUUAACAAAUAUAUUAUUAUUGGUCAUAAGGAUGGAAUGAUUUCUCAAUAUGAUUGGAAGACUGGCGAAAAGCUAACAUCUAAGCAUCCCCAUUCCGAUGUGAUCACUGAUCUUCAAAUGUCCCCAGAUCGUACUUAUUUCGCAACAUCCUCCAAGGAUAAGUCGGCUCAACUGUUUGAAUCCAACACUCUCAAUCCUCUCAAGAAAUACGUAACGGACUGUCCGUUGAACUCUGCAUCCAUCACUCCAAUCCAGGAUUUUAUAAUCGUUGGGGGUGGUCAAGAUGCCAUGCAAGUGACUACUACUUCGAUGAGACAAGGGAAGUUUGAGUGUAGGUUCUGGCACAAAAUAUUGGAGGAGGAGGUAGGAAGAGUCAAAGGCCACUUUGGACCUAUAAAUACGAUUGCGGUACACCCAGACGGUAAAAGCUUUUCCUCGGGUGGAGAAGAUGGAUAUAUCAGAGUACAUCAUUUUGAUGAAGAUUAUUUCAAGUUUACAUACCCUGAGUUUCAGCAUAUUGGUGCUUGA